AUGUCAUCUAAUAAUUAAUUAUUUGCUAAAGAGUAUGAAGUUAUUCUCUGGAAUUGUGAUGAAGAUCCGCCAAAAUAAAUAAAAUCUAAAUUUGAAAUUACAUGCUCUAACAGUGAAGAAAUAAUAUACAGUUCUGAAGGAGCUAUUCUAAGAGUGUAAGAAAAAUAUGUAUUCUCAAAUUAGAGAUAAAAUUUAUGCAGGAUUUAAGGAGCCAGAAGUGUUGACCAAUUUGGAGUAAAUAAAAAAUCUACAAUGGAUAGGAUAACAUGACUAAAAUAACUUAAAGAUUGGCACCUGGAAAGUCUUGUGGAAAGAUGAAUAAUUAUAAAAUGUAGGAGGAGAAUACUCAAAGUUUGGAAAUAAAUAAGGAUAAUGGAAAGAGAUUAUAUAGAAUUAUUGGAGGUAUUUUUGAUAUAAUGCUUAAUUAGUAAAGCAUAAGUUUAUGAAGCAGGCGAAUAUAUCAACAAUUAAAGAUAAGGAUUUUGGAAAUAUAUUUAUGAAGAUAAAGACUUGUAUAAAAAAUAUAUAUAUUUAGGGGUGGUGGUGAAUAUAAUGAACAAGGCAAAAGAAAUGGAAAGUGGAUCGAUUUGAGUGAUGGAUUUUGGGCCUACUCUUAAGUUGUUUAUAAAGGCGAAUAUGUAGAUGGCCAGAAGAUUGGUAGAUGGGAUAUCUUAUACUAACAGAGAAAAGGAAAAAAUUUUGAAUUGAUGUAAAUUUAAAUGAAAAAUUUAUAGUGGAGGUGGAAAUUAUGAUGAAGGUGGUAAUGGUAAAAAGAUUGGAGAAUGGAUUGAGUUGAAUGAAGGAUUUUGGGAUUACUCUUAAGUCAUUUAUAAAGGAGAAUAUUCAAAUAAUAAUAAAAUAGGAAAAUGGGAUAUUUUAUCUAGGAAAAAGGGUGAAUAAUUAUUUCUAUCAAUGUAAAAUCAAUUAACUAAACUAUUUAGAGGUGGCGGGUUUUAUUGUUAAAGUGGCUCACUUUAGAUUAGAAGAUGGGUAGAGCCUAGGGAUGGGUUUGGGUAUUAAUAAAAAAUUGUUUAUGAUGGUCAAUAUCAAAACGGCAAAAGAGUUGGAUGGUGGGAUAUAAUUAAUUUUGGGAUUUAUAAUAAAUUUGAAAAAAUGUAGAAUAAUCAUACCUAAUUUAAGUGGUGGAGGAUUAUAUGAUUCAGCUAGAAAGGUAGGAAAAUGGAUUGAACUAAGUGAUUAAUUUAAAUACAACUCUUAAGUAAUAUAUGAAGGUGAGUACAGAUAUGAAUAGAAAAUUGGAAUAUGGAAUAUAUUCUAUAGAGAAAAGGAGUAAUAAUAGUUUCGAUAAAUGUAAAUAUUAAGUAUAAACCUUAUGAAGUGGUGGCGGAACUUAUGAUUAAACAGGUUAAGGUAUUAAAAUUGGGUUUUGGGUUGAAUUGAGUGAUAAGUUUAUAAAUAAUUCUUAAGUUUCAUAUUAAGGAGAAUAUUAAAAUAAUAAGAAAGUAGGCAGGUGGAAUAUUUAUUCUAGAAAUACAGAUUGUCAAUCUGAAAAAAUGUACAAAAAUCAGAUAAAUAUAUUUAGCGGCGAUAUUUUUUAUAAUUUUGAUGGCAAGCCUUUGGUUGGAAUGUGUAUGCAAUUAAAUCAAUUCUUAAAUUUAUCAUACAUAGCAUCCGUAGGCAAAUUUGUAGAUGGCAAAAAGGUUGGAAAGUGGGAUAUUAUUUAUAGAAGUUUGCAUUAUGAACCAUUUCAAAAGAUGUAAAUAAAAUUAUUAUAAUAUAAAAGUGGAGGUGGAGAAUAUCAUACCACAAAUUCUGGGAUUAAGAUUGGAAAAUGGAUUGAAUUGAGUGGUUAUUUUAGCUAAAACAUUUAAGUAACUUAUGAUGGAGAAUAUCAAAAUGGGAAAAAAGUAGGUUUAUGGAAAGUGUAUAAUCAAAAGAAAUUAAGGUAAGCUGCUAUUUAAUUAAUUAGUGGUUGUUUAAAUUAUGAUCUAGAAGGAAGAGUUAUAUAUAAAAGCGGACAGUAUAAUUACAAUUAUUAAAACUAUUAGCCCCUCCAAUAUAAUUAAUAUUGGAGAAAUAGCACAAGGUUAAAAGGUAGGAAGGUGGGAUAUCUUAUCGAGGUGUUCCUCAGAUUAAAAAUAUCUAUUGAUGUACAUGUUUGCAAUUCAAUAUUUAGUGGGGGAGGACAAUAUGAGGAGGGAAAUUAUGGUAUGAAAAUUGGAGAAUGGAUAGAGUUGGGUGAAAUGUUUACAAAAUAUACUUAAGUCACUUAUCAUGGUGAAUAUCUAAAUGGAAAGAAAGUUGGUAAAUGGCAAAUAUUUUUUCAAUUUAAGGGCAUUAAAAUUAAAAAAUUAAUGUACGUAUUUGCAAUUUAAAAAUUUAGUGGAGGUGGGUAAUAUGAAGUAGAAAAUUGUGGGUUAAAAAUUGGGAAUUGGAUAGAGAUAAGCGAUACAUUUAAUCAGUACUCAAAAUUGACCUAUAAUGGCCAAUAUGUUAAUGGUUUAAAAGUUGGAUUAUGGAAAGAAUAUAAUGGAAAGAAAUUAAGGUAAGCUUCUAUUGUAUUCAAUAAUUAGAGGUUGUUUAAAUUAUGAUCUAGGAGGAAACGUUAUUUAUAAAAGUGGAUAGUAUAAUUAAUUCAUAAAACUGUUAGCCCAUCAAAUGUAAUGGAGAUUGGAGAAUUUAUAAAUGGUAAAAAGGUAGGAAGAUGGGAUAUUCUAAGAAGAAAUUCCAAUAAAAAACCAUAUCAAUUGAUGUAAGUUCUAAAAAUACAGCUUUAGUGGUGGAGGAUCAUAUGAUGAAGCUAACUAAGGCAAUAAAAUAGGAAUGUGGAUUUAAAUUACUGAGCAAGUUAAUGAUAAUAUCAUAGCCAUAUAAAAAGGAGAAUACAAUAAUGAUAAGAAAGUUGGUUAAUGGAUCACCACCAAUUAGUAUAGCGGAUUUUGGUAUUAUAAUUUACCUGAUAAUUUAGUGAAUGCAUUAACUAUGAUUCUUUAGACACCCAUUAUAUCAUAAGUGAAAAGUACAAAUUUGUGUUUUAUUAUUAGAAAUAAUAAUUUCAUCUAUAAUGGAGUGUUUAACAAUGGUAAAAAGGUUGGUAGAUGGAAUUAAUUUUAUUGGAAUUAUUCAGAACUUAAAUUAAUGUAUGAUAUUAACUUAAUAAAAUUAAAGUGGAGGUGGAUCUUAUCAAAUGUGUGGUGAUGAGAUCAAAAUAGGAAUGUGGAUUGAGUUUAGAGUGUUGUCCUCUGGAGAGUUUGUUACUGAUUAAGGUCAAUAUGAAUAUGGGAAAAAAGUUGGUUUGUGGUAAAUUUUAUACAAAGAUGAGUAGAUGUAACAAUAAUAAUUAACCAAUUUAGUGGGGGCGGAUAAUAUGAUGAAAGAGGCAUAGAAAAAAUUGGAAAUUGGAUUGAGGUGAAUGAAGGAUAUUAUCAAUAUUUCCAAGUUGUUGAUAUUGGUGAAUAUUAAAGUGGUAAAAAGGUAGGUAAGUGGGAAAUUUAUUUAAGGAAAGUUUAGAAUUAAAAAUUUUAAUUGAUGUAAUUAUUAACAAUAUAAAUAGUGGGGGUGGAGUUUAUGAUUUUGAUUCAUCAAUGAAAACUGGCUAAUGGAUUGAGGUAGACGAAAAUUUUAAGAUCGAUAGUCAAUUCAUAUAAAAAGGCUAAUAUCAAAAUAAUUAAAAAAUUGGGAGAUGGGACAUUUUAUUUAGAAAUAAAGAUGAUAUUUAUUUUGAAAAAUUGUAAAUCUCAUUUAUAUAAUUAGUGGAGGAGGAAUGUUAGAUGAAUGUGGUGAUGGAUCCAAGUAAGGAAAAUGGAUUGAGAUAGAUUUGUAAUUUGGGAAUGAUAUAUUCUAUUUUCUUGGUGAAUACAAAAAUAGUGUUAAAGUAGGAUUGUGGAAUACUUAUUGUUAUGAUAAGGAGAAAAAGCAAAAUAGAAUAAUGUAAAAUAUUCGUUUAUCGUAUUAUUAGUACUUUAGGAGUUUAUGAUUAUAAUUAGAGUGGGAUAAAGAUAGGGAAAUGGAUUGAGUUAAAAAAGGAUAUAUUUGGCUAUAGUUAAUCCCUCAGUGGUGAAUACAAAAACGACAAAAAAGUGGGCAUUUGGGAGGUAAAGGGGUUUAAUAAUCCAGAAAUAAGGUUUGAAAUUUCUUUUGAUAUUUGA